UUUUACGGCAUCUGUUAUCGGUUUUAUAAAAUUGUCUAAAUUUUUUUUGGUUUUAUUUUGUUUUUAGUACAAAAACUAGAUAAACAUUAAAUUUAUUGGACAAUUACAAAUACUUCAUACAAUUCAAAACUAAAAUCUGUGCAUUAUGGUGCAUUUUCCUUAAACAAUUGUUUGGUAUCUUACCUUUAAAGAUUAUUCUGUUCUAUAAUGAAAAUAACAAAUAUUCUUAAGUUGAGUUUCGUUUUGCGUAAAAAUCCGCUUUUCAUACAUAUCUAACAAAAAGUAAGCCUCAACAAAUUCAACCCUCAGGGAAAUUAAAAAAAAAAACAAAAUUACCUAACACAUGCGUGCAUUUAUGCUUGCACAUGAAAUGCUUUAAUACUACCUGUAAACUUAAAUCAUUCAAUGGAUCAAAACAUUGUAAAUAUGGCAUACGAACGUUAUGGCAUACUUCUUCAAAAUGAGCACUACGAGGAUGAUAUAGUCAACCCAAAAGGCAUUCAAAAAAUAAGUGUGCAAAGUAUAAGCAAUGUUCUUGUUCCAGAUGCUAUACCCCUUAGCAGUCACAUGAACUUGCACAGAAGUAAAGUAUGUGAUUCAGUUAUUCAGACAGAACCAAAAAUGGGUGAUAACGAAAUCAAUUCUAAUGUCCAUGGAAAAUUACAAUUAAAAGAAUCUGAGAAUUUAUUUUCCUCUAAGACAAGAAAGAAUGCCAACAUUGGAUAUCAAAUGAAUAUAAAUUGUUAUAAAAACAGCGGUUGUGUGGGAAAUCAGGGAAUUUCAAAGGAUGUGUCAAAUAGUCUACUUAAUAAUGGCAGCCCCACUGAAGAGUCGGAAACUGCCGACAGUUCACCUUUCCUAGCCUCAGACACAACAACAGUAACAUCAACUGGAAAAUCAAGGCGGUGGGAACAAAAGCUUGUUCAAAUUAAAACAAUGGAAGGAGAGUUUAGUGUGACAAUGUGGGCGUCCGGAAUCUCCGAUGAUGAAUACUCGGGGUCAGACCAAAAUGUUGGCGAGUCCGAAUUUUUUAAGGGUAAAGACGAUUUUGAUCGUGUUUCGGCCCAACAAAACAAGGACUUCGAUCAGGUUGAAUCUAUAUUGCAACAGGAGGUAUUUACUCAUGAAUCACAAGCACUUGAAAUGCAGCCAACUAUAAGCCCAGUUCCAAUCAUAGAACAGUUAACAAAAGAGAAAGUUGUUCUGUCUUAUGAAAAUAAUCUUUCCAAUAAGAUUUUGACUAAAUCAAACUUGAGCUUCGAUGAUCCCAUCAUGAUUUCUGAUACCACAAGUAUACAUAUGGUAAAUGAAUCUGCCGCCAUGACAAUUGAUAAUCAUAGAAUAUUAAGUAAUGACAAUACUGGCGAUCUUCAUACUUCGACUAGCUCAGUGCCAUUUGGUCUUCGCUUACAUGAAAGGCAACAAACUGAUUGCUCACCACAAUUGCCAUACAACGACAAUACAGGAUCGACUGGUAGCGCGGAUUUAAAUUUUAAUAUCUCUGAAGUCACCGUGGCCUAUCCAAAUGAUAAAAAAAUAGCUUGCCCACAUAAGGGUUGUCAUAAAAAUUUUAGAGAUUCAUCUGCAAUGCGCAAACAUUUACACACUCACGGUCCUCGUGUUCAUGUUUGUGCAGAAUGUGGAAAAGCUUUCGUAGAGAGCUCGAAACUUAAAAGACAUCAGUUGGUUCACACAGGAGAAAAACCAUUUCAGUGCACGUUCGAAGGAUGUGGGAAACGAUUUUCACUGGAUUUUAAUUUAAGAACACAUGUAAGAAUACACACAGGAGAUAGGCCAUUUGUUUGUCCGUUUGAUGCCUGCAACAAAAAGUUUGCUCAAUCCACAAAUUUAAAAUCUCACAUAUUAACUCAUGCUAAAGCGAAGAGGAAUACCAGCAUUUCACGGAAAACUGGCUGUUUAAACGUUGAGUCAAACAGCCCAAGAGAAGAUAAUUCUACUAAUUCUACUAAAUUUAUUAAGGUUGAGUUUCGGGAUGGGGUGUCAGAAAACCAUGUUCCCUUUGUGGUGUAUGCAGACUGAAAGUGUACAUCAACCAACACUAUUUAAAAUUCGGUCUUGAUCAAAUUUGGAAUGCAUAGAGAUAUCGUGAUUCCUUUUGCACAAUUCUGUUUUUUUAAUUCCUUCUAAUAAUCGCCAGAAUUGCAACUACAAAUUUCUCAAAAGUCAAACUAAAUCAUCUUCGAAAUCAUCAAAUUUGAUUUUGACUAGAAACCGGAACAACGGGGUGUAUAUUAAAUUUAAUAUUAAUAAUAACUUUGUA